AUGUCUGAUGAUAACAAUGAAUCUAUGCCAGUUGUAAUUGAAGAAAAUUAUUCUGAUGUAAUUGAUCUUUGGAGAGAAGAUUAUGAGACAUCUGAAAAUAAGACUAAGUUUAAAAUCAUGAAAAUAACUAAAAAAAAUGAAUUAAAAAAUCAACAUGUUUCUAGUAUAAAAGGUUCUGUUAAAACUGGAAAAAAAAUUGAGGUUUUUUUAUUAUAUUUUGAUACUAGUGAUGAUGAAAUUACUUAUGGUUGUAUUUCUGGUAGUAUUUCAAUUACAUCAGAAAAUAAGGAAAUGGUUGAAAAAAUUAGAGGUCAUCCUGAAGAAUUAGCUUUAUUUAAAUUACGUGAAACAAAUCCAAACUAUGAAUAUCAAAAAACAGUAAAUGAUUUUGUUUCUGAUUCUGAAGUUUAUGAAGCAAUAAUUGAAAAUUGA